CAAAGGGCGAGCGGUCGCGGAGUCGCUUGGCGCGCGCGUGCAGGUGUGACGGAGCCAGUCAGUCCGCUGUCCCAUCAUGCGGACGCUCAUCCUGGUGGUUUUCUCCUGCUUCGCGGCCCACGCUACGUCAGAAGUUACCGUGGAGUGUGAGCACCAAUACGGAUUUCCAGAUUUUAGCGACAAGUCUCCAUCUCAGGUGGCAAACUUGAAAGUAGCGGUGCUGACACGUGGAGAUAAAUAUCUGCUGAAUAUCAGCUGGGCUGUGAGCAUUGACGCAAGUAUUAAGUAUUUGACAGGCACUCAGCUGACGAUUUCUGGUGAACCAGUAUACCUCUGUGAAUACCAGCCCAAUUUGGCCGAGGCAAAACUCAAUGAGUCAAAGCUGUGGUUUCAUUACGAAGUGCCGACAGGCUGUGGGAAACCCCUCAUCCAAGCCAACCACCUUCCUCUGCCCCCGUUAGGGAGCGGCUCCCUCAGCCUUCACGAUGCAGUUAAUUUGCCUUGUAUAACUACUACUACACCAAAGCCUCGGAAUGUAACAGGCAAAAUUCCUAAUUACAUCUCUGAAGCUGAGCCCACGACAUCAUGUAAGACCUCACUGCUACUUAGAGCAGUCUACUCUUGGAGAGCAGAUCAUGUCAUUGUUGUCAUCUUUGGAGGACUGGCUGGUUUGCUGAUGCUGUCCACCUGUUACCUCAUAUACAAAAACAGUGCCACCUUUUCCAAAUCACUGGGUUUUAAAACCCUAACGACACCUGCCGUGGUUCCUGUCCCUGUUCUCGUGGUGCACUCGGCUGAGAACUCGGCCUUUCAGCAGGCUGUGCUCGCCCUGGCUGAGUUUCUGCAGUGGCACGGUGGCUGUAGCGUUGCUGUCGACAUGUGGCAACAAGGGAAAAUUGCAGAGCUCGGGCCCAUGCGUUGGCUGGUGGAACAAGUAGAGGCCGCAGACCGAGUCCUCAUUGUCUGCCCACAGCACGCUCCGCCGACCAGCCUGUCGCCUAGCAACAACAGUUUCCUCCGACCCUCCAUCCCGGCUGCAACUCACGACCUUUACUCCCUGAUUCUCAACAUAGUGGCGAGUCACGCAAAGAGCUCCAGUGGGCUCGCAAAGUUCUGGGUGGUGCGGCUGGGCGAGCGCCAGGACAGGAGCAGCCUGCCGCCGCAACUCAAAGUCUGCAAAACCUUUUGUUUGAUGGGAGGCUUGAACAGCCUUUGCAAGAGUCUUCACUCUCAGAGGCAGGACAACAAAAAGAUAUUAGAUGUGCUUUUCAAACCUGGGAUUUCCUACAAUGAAAGGACUACAGUGAAGUUAGGAGAAGCUGUAAAUAAACUAAUCAGACAUCAGCCAAGCAUUUCCAGUGAGAUGGAACCACUGAAAUCUAUCAUAUCUGUUUGAACAUUUGACAUGAAAAGGUUUAUGAACAAGAUCGAUUUGAUAAAGUGGUUAUUCUUCCAUUGUGGUUGUUUGGCGAAAUGUAUGUAUGAUAUUGUUUGAUAAAGACCUAUACUUACUAGUUACAGAAACCAUGGAGACUGUGGUGUGUUUGCCAUAACACAAAAGUUACGUUUGUAGACAUACGUCUGCAAACAUAACUACAUACGUAGUUAGGUUUUUCCACUGAUGAAAGAAAUGUGCUUAAGGCACAUCCUGGCAAUUGUUGUUGUCUUUACACUCUGUAUGUUUCUUAAAGGGAUUCCUCGCCACCGAAAAGCAAGUUGUGUUAUAAAUAUUGAACAUUUUAUUAGCCAAUGUGUAAAAACGUUUACUAUUGAUGGUCAGUGUCUAAAGAAACUGGACACUGGGCUCUGAUGAACCUCCGGACCUGCUGUGUUUGGACCGACCUGAUCCUGUUACUCCUCCGGUUUACAGACAAGCGUUCGGAAAUUGCGUUACAUUUGUGUGUUUGAAUAAAGACAUUGUUCCUAUA